AUGGAUCGCGGCGGUGCCGGCAGCGCCACGCUGCUGCGGAAGCGGUCGCUGUCCGUAAACACCACCAUAGCGUCGGCGGCGGCCGCGGCGAUUGAUCAGUUCGGGAGCAUGCAGGCCGGGGAUGUGGCCGCCGCCGUCGAGGAGGAGCCGGUGAGCCCGACGGGGCGGCUGUUCCGGGAGCCGCACUUCCGCUGCCACAUCGUGUCCGUGUUCGGCCUCGGCGCGCCGGUCGACCUGCCGGCGCUGCGAGCCGGGGUCGCCGCCACGCUCGCGCGCCACCCACGCUUCUGCAGCGUCCAGCCUCGCCGGGGUGCAGACACCAGGGACAGUGACCUCGUCGGGGCGCGGACGUCCAAGACGAUGACCUCGCUGGCCUACCGGAGACUCGGACGGAGCUGUUGGGCGCCACCACCAACUGCGGGGGUCGACGGAGCUGUUGGCCAUAAUAGAGAGAGAACAGGAACAACAGAGAAUGAUUUUGUAUUCUUUAUGGGCAGUCCGUAUGACUAUAAAUAG